AGAGGUUAGUGAGGUGGUUUAGGCAGGUAGUGUAGCAACGUAAACAAAGAUGGCGCUCAGUGCGCCACAGCUCGUCACUCCUGCAGGAAGGAACUAGUGAACAUGUACACUGAGAGGGAGGGUGGUAAUAUAAGAAGCAUGGAGGAUGGUCAAGUUGUAGUGCUGACCAACGUCACAGAGAAUGAUGCUGGUUGGUGCACAGACAUUGCUGCCAACAGUCUUGGAACAUCGUCAUCAACAGCAUACCUCAAUGUAAUGGAGGCGGAGCCCAUCCUUGCAGAUGCUGAAUCUCAUGCUAUUCUCAUCCUGGGGGUAGUUUUACUUUCUGUUAUGGUAAUUGCUAGCAUCAUGGCUUCCUUUGUCUGGAAGAAAUGUCAAAAGGAAAAGAGACGUGCCAUUGACCUGGAACAUGGGUCUGAAAUAGCAAGUAUAUCAGAAUAUGAGCUACUUUUCGGUACUCCUUGGGAAUUACCACGUUCAAGGCUGGUGAUGGGAGAAACUCUAGGAGAGGGUGCCUUUGGGAAAGUUGUAAGAGCUGAAAUACAAGGUUUCCUUAGACCAGAUAUGAAUACAACUGUGGCAGUCAAAAUGUUGAAAGAGGGUCACACAGACUCUGAAUUAAUGGACUUGGUGUCAGAGAUGGAAAGGAUGACAAUGAUUGGCACACAUAUCAAUAUCAUUAACCUACUUGGAUGCUGUAAGCAAGAUGGCCCUCUGUAUGUUGUCGUUGAGUAUGCAGCUCAUGGAAAUUUGCGUGACUAUCUCCGCAACAACAGACCAUCUUCUGGCUAUGAACGAGCAAUUGGCCAGGAACUAGAUACAAUUACACAAAAUGACUUGGUUAGCUUUGCCUGCCAAGUAGCUCGUGGCAUGGAAUACCUAGCAUCAAAGAAGUGCAUCCACCGUGACCUUGCUGCACGCAAUGUUCUAGUCAGUGAAGAUCGAAUCAUGAAAAUUGCAGAUUUUGGUCUGGCACGAGACAUUCACAGUCAAGAUUAUUACCGAAAGACAAGUGAAGGGCGACUACCUCUGAAAUGGAUGGCACCAGAGGCACUAUUCCACGGAGUAUAUACUUCACAGUCAGAUGUGUGGUCAUUUGGUAUCCUGUUAUGGGAAAUUAUGACACUAGGAGGUACACCUUAUCCAGCAGUACCAGUUGAAAAACUUUUCCAAUUGUUGCAAGAAGGAUAUAGAAUGGAAAAACCUUCAAACUGUCCACUUAACAUCUACUUGAUCAUGCAAGAAUGUUGGCGAUGUCAGCCUUUACAACGACCAACUUUCAAAAAGCUUGUCGAGGACCUCGACUGCAUUCUCACAUUGUCCUCAACUGUUGAGUACGUAAACUUGUCAAUGCCUCAUUUUGAUACUCCACCUAGCAGUUGCGAGUCACCUCUUACAUCAGAUGCUCUUACUUCACACUAAGCUAUUACGGCAGCAGUACUCACCACUGCUGCUCCCAGUAUGACACCUCAUACAGUGCCUUAUACCAGUGCCACAACAACAAGACGUACUGUCUUAUUGAAAGAUUUGAACUUUGCCUAGGAGGCUGUAGCUUUAGUUGAAAAAAAAAAAAGUUGCCAUAUAGCUUAAAAUGCUCUGAAAAAGUCUUUUGACAAUUUGGUUUUUGACUUGUCUAUGGCAUAAAUUCACUAUUGAAAAGCAAACAUGAUAAGUAACAUUUGAACAGAAGUGUUCAGAAAAAAGACAAUUUAAUAUGUGCAUUUAUUUAUUGUUUUACUCUUGUUGAGAAGUGCAUUUAUUUUUUCUAUUAAAGAGAGUGCCUGCAGUUCAGUAAAGAAGCUGAACAAAAAGUCAUAAACAGUGAUGAGGUGCUAUUAAUCCUAGUUAGGACUGGAUGGUGUAUUGUGAAAUGCACAAGACUAUGUAUGUGACCACCAGUCACUGCUCUGUUAUGUACUUGUACAUCACCGCUAACAAGUAAUAAUGCAGACCUUAUGAAUUGGAUGAGGAAAUUCCUAACCAUUUUAUUUUUUAUCAGUGUUUGUGUUAUCAAUAAAUUAUGAAUAAUUAUGUUGCUGCAUAAGGUUCUUUACUUAAGUUGUCUGUCAGUACACAUUAUACAACCUCCUAUUAUUGUGGGUACAGUACUGCAUUUUGAACAAAAAAUAUAUCCAAAUUAUUUUUAUUUUUUUAUUAUUAUCACACUGGCCGAUUCCCACCAAGGCAGGGUGGCCCGAAAAAGAAAAACUUUCACCAUCAUUCACUCCAUCACUGUCUUGCCAGAAGGGUGCUUUACACUACAGUUUUUAAACUGCAACAUUAACACCCCUCCUUCAGAGUGCAGGCACUGUACUUCCCAUCUCCAGGACUCAAGUCCGGCCUGCCGGUUUCCCUGAACCCCUUCAUAAAUGUUACUUUGCUCACACUCCAACAGCACGUCAAGUAUUAAAAACCAUUUGUCUCCAUUCACUCCUA